AUGCAUUGGUAAACACGGUUUGAAUUUGAACUGAAAAGGCCAAGAGGAAGUAGAAUUUGAAUGGGGAAGAUAGUUCAAUAAGUUGGGGAAUGAGUAGGUAAUUAGCUAAUUCCCCCAAAUGUCCUUUUAAUUACUUAUUUUUUUUUACAGACGACUACAGAGAGUACACUGAGACAGUUAGGCCUGAAUCAUGCUGCCUUCAGUAUGCUACAUAGUCUAUCAGACAGCUUGUGGUUGACUUGGCUGCUGCUACAGUAAACCUAGUCUUAUUUGGGUGGUCCUCUGUAGCUCAGCUGGUGGAGCGCGGCGCUUGCAACGCCAAGGGUAGUGGGUUCGAUCCCCGGGACCACCCAUACGUAAAAAAAUGUAUGCGCACAUGACGUAAGUCGGCUUUGGAAAAAGCGUCUGCUAAUGCAUAUUAUUAUUGGUAUUCACAGCCAAUUGUUGCCACCUGGGUGUAUUUUAAAAAGGCCUACAGAUAGGAUGGCGCUGUCCUCCAUUCCCCCUAGUGGACUUUGCAGUACACGGGAAAAUAUGACCAUCCACUAAAAUCCGUCAUCAGAAAACACUCUUCAACAUGCUGGAUAUAUCAUGGUUUAUUCAGGUGGCCCAAUUGAGACCCCAGGGUCUCAUUCAUAAUGGUGCCCUGAGAACGACAACUCACGCCUUGUAUAAUUCUAUAUCAAACAACUACAGGAUACAGCAUAUAUACAACCACAUCUCAACACUAACCAACUACAGGACCAGCAGAUAGACACCACAUCUCAACACUAACCAACACAUGAUACAGCAGAUAGACACCACAUCCUCAACACUAACUCAACUACAGAUACAGCAGAUAGACACCACAUCUCAACACUAACCAACUACCAGGUAUAACGCAGAUAGACACCACAAUUCAACACUAACCAACUACAGGAUACAGCAGAUAGACACCACAUCCAACACUAACCACUACAGGAUACAGCAGAAGACACCACACUCUCAACACUAACCAACUACAGUGAUACAGCAGAUAGACACCACAUCUCAACACAAUAACCAACUACAGGAUACAGCAGAUAGACACCACAUCUCAACACUAACCAACUACAGGAUACGCAGAUAGACAACCACAUCUCAACACUAACCAACUACAGGAUACAGCAGAUAGAACCAACAAUCUCAACACUAACCAACUACAGGAUACAGCAGAUAGACACCACAUCUCAACACUAACCAACUACAGGAUACAGCAGAUAGACACCACAUCUCAACACUAACCAACUACAGGAUACAGCAGAUAGACACCACAUCUCAACACUAACCAACUACAGGAUCAGCAGAUAGACACCAAUCUCAACACUAACCAACUACAGGAUACAGCAGAAGACCCACAUCCAACACUAAAACAGGAUACGGCAGAUAGACCCAACAUCUCAACACUAACCAACUACAGGAUCAGCCAUAUAGACACCCACAUCUCACACUACAACUACAGGAUACAGCAGAUAGACACCACAAUCAACCACAACCCUAAUUACCCACCACAAUCAACCAAAACACUUGCAAACCUCAGUGAAUGUAUUCCUCAUCAGCCCUACUGGCACCAUGGAUUCAAGAUGGAAUGAGGUUUGUAAAUUAUUCCAAACAUGGGUGGCGUUAAAACUAAAGGCUGAUUUACCUAGGUAUGUAGAGACAGGAGAGACCUCGAGUUAACCAACCCUGUGAGUGAGUUUGGUAUCUCGUAUUUGUAUACUUUAACAGAGAUGCUGAUAUUACAAUAGCUAUUGGUAUCGGUAUAUAUUGAAAACAGCCCUACGUGUAUUUAAACUGCAUUGAUGCAUUCCAACAAUGAGAUAAUUAAUUUGACAAUUGAUUUGGCCUACACAGGGUUCAGGCCAUUGCAGUAAACUACAGAACCCCUUUGAGUAGAACGCCUAGUUUCAUGUAGUCAUGCAGAGCCUCAUAGUGGUGAUCCUGAGAAAAAUAAUUUCAUUUGGAACGAACCAUCUAGACUAUAUACACUGAACAAAAAUAUGAACGCAACAUGAAACAAUUUCAAAGAUUUUACUGAGUUACAUUUCAUAAAAGGAAAUCAGUCAAUUGAAAUAAAUAAAUUAGGCCCUAAUCUAUGGAUUUCAAAUGACUGGGAAUACAGAAGAAGCCGGAUGUGGAGGUCCUGGGCUGGCAUGGUGACACGUGGUCUGCAGUUGUGAGGCCGGUUGGACGUACUGCCAGAUUCCCUAAAAUGACAUUGGAGGCGGCUUAUGGUAGAGAAAUGAACAUUCAGUUAUCUGGCAAAAGCUCUGGUGGAAAUUUCUGCAGUCAGCAUGCCAAUUGCACACUCCUUCAAAACGUGAGACAUUUGUGGCAUUGUGUUGUGUGACAAAGUUGGGCAAGACAAAAUAUUUAAGUGCCUUUGAAGGGGGUAUGGUUUGUCAAGAACUGCAACGCUGCUGGGUUUUUCACGCUCAACAGUUUCCUGUGUGUAUCAAGAAUGGUCCACCAUCCAAAGGACAUCCAUCCAACUUGCCCCAACUGUGGGAAGCAUGGGCCAGCAUCCCUGUGGAACCGUUUUGACACCUUGUAGAGUCCACGCCCCGACGAAUUGAGGCUGUUCUGAGGGCAAAAGGGGGUGCAACUCAAUAUUAGGAAGGUGUUCCUAAUGUUUGGUAUACUCAGUGUAUAUACGGUCCAUGAAUCGGCGUAUGCGAACGUGAGUAGAUUACCUUGAAAACAACGGGCGGACAUCUUGGACGCAGUCUCCAGUUCUUACUGUACCUCAGUGCUACAAGCUGGCAAGCUCUAUUCAAGUGAAACUUCCCAGUCGGAGCUUCACAUAACUCCAAUAGCACUUGAACGCAGCAUUUGCCAGACUACUACGGAGUGCCCAAUAGGAACUGAAUUCAAAUCAAAUUGUAUUGGUCACAUGCUUCGUAAACAACAGGUUCCUAUUGUAGAAAUUGUGUGCAAGGAAUAUAGGACAAAAUACUAAACUUUUGACUACUUUAAUACAUUAUAAGUGAAUUUCUCCAAAUACUUAUGACAUCUUCAAAUGGGGGAACUAGAUAAAGUGCUUUCAUUUCGGUAUGAAAAUACACUAAAAAAAAAGUGAGAUUCUAUGCUGUCGCCUCAUAUGAAACAUUUGAUCUCAAAUCCAAAAUGCUGGAGUACAGAGCCACAUUUAAAAUGUUAGCUUCUUCCUCUCUCAUCCGGGUCCAUAAGUUAAACACUUAGAAUUAGUCUGACAAGAACAAGCACAUAGUCAAUCUGAUAAGGGACAAGCAGACUGAAAGGACUAGAAUAAAUAAUACAUAACAUGUUAGUUGUAAUCUUACUUUGUGUGAAGCGAAUCACCACUUAGGUUUCCAGGCCACAUACAACAGAUCCAUCCAUAUAAUUGUAUUACUCUCAAUCCCUCAUUACAAAAAUAAACCACAUUUAAAUAUACAUUGAUUAAUUUUAGAUUACACAUGGUACUUAGUGAAAGAGUACAUAUAAGAAUCUGUAAUAAAUCAGUUUGAAUAAGUUGAGAAACAAACAUCUUCCUGAACAUUUCAUCCCACAUCACAUUAUUAUAUUCAAGAUCCAUUCAAUAAAUCAAUAGGCCUUCUUUAGUGGAAGUGUCAACAUCUAAAAGCUAACAGCCCGCUACUACUUUUUCCUGUUAUUAUAAACUGUCAAACUGUCAAACUCUGCUUUGCUCGUUGGAAAUUUCAUCAACUACUUAUUUUUCAAAAAUGGCACUUGAGUUCCAGCAGAGGGCAACACCACAUCAUCCCUUCCCAACACCACAACAUCCCUUCCCAACACCACACAUCCCUUCCCAACACCACAUCCCCUUCCCAACACCACAUCAUCCCUUCCCAACACCACAUCAUCCCUUCCCAACACCACAUCAUCCCUUCCCAACACCACAACAUCCCUUCCCAACACCACAUCAUCCCUUCCCAACACCACAUCAUCCCUUCCCAACACCACAUCAUCCCUUCCCAACACCACAUCAUCCCUUCCCAACACCACAUCAUCCCUUCCCAACACCACAUCAUCCCUUCCCAACACCACAUCAUCCCUUCCCAACACCACAUCAUCCUUCCCAACACCACAUCAUCCCUUCCCAACACCACAUCAUCCCUUCCCAACACCACAACAUCCCUUCCCAACACCACAUCAUCCCUUCCCAACACCACAUCAUCCCUUCCCAACACCACAUCAUCCCUUCCCAACACCACAUCAUCCCUUCCCAACACCACAUCAUCCCUUCCCAACACCACAACAUCCCUUUCCAACACCACAACACUGUGCCCUAUGUUGCAUUGCAUCCCUUCCUGUUCUCUGUGCUCUCUGUUUCAUUGCAUUCCUUCCUGUUCUCUGUGCCCUCUGUUCCAUUGCAUUCCUUCCUGUUCUCUGUGCCCUCUGUUCCAUUGCAUCCCUUCCUGUUCUCUGUGCCCUCUGUUCCAUUGCAUCCCUUCCUGUUCUCUGUGCCCUCUGUUCCAUUGCAUUCCUUCCUGUUCUCUGUGCCCUCUGUUCCAUUGCAUCCCUUCCUGUUCUCUGUGCCCUCUGUUCCAUUGCAUUCCUUCCUGUUCUCUGUGCCCUCUGUUCCAUUGCAUCCCUUCCUGGCCUCUGUGGUCUCUGUUCCAUUGCAUUCCUGUCAUGCCUCAGUACCUCCUUCUACUCCUUUACUUUCCCCGGGUCUCAGAGCUACUUCUUCCCCUGUGAAUGUGGGUGUAGAGGGCACAGGACCUCCAGCAGCCCCCUGUACAGCCCUUCCACACCCCCAGUCAUCCUGCUAGUUUAA